UAAUCAUGGUAGCUGCAAAGGCAAUACAACAAGUUUCGAUGUUUUCUAAAAUAUACGACGAGUUUUUUAAAGGUCUGGAUCCUUCAAAGGGAGCGCAAAAUUUCUGGAACACGCUCUUUCUCUUGCGUGUUGAUGUACAGUAUUUGGAGAAUAAGCUAAGCGCAAUGACAACCGAUGAUAUUUUUGAAUUGAAGGAAACAAUCAAUUGUAUAUUUUACCAUUGUGUUGAGUCUCUGGAUGAAACUAAUCCUAUACGAAUUAUUAAUUCUAUGCAGACUCUCAGUGUGUUCGUCCGAGAAAUAACCAAGAAAUUGCGCGGUGCCAAUUCAGCUUAUGACCAGAUGGAUGUUUUAAUAGGCUUCGACUCGGCCGAAAUUGUCAUUCCAAAACUGAUCAGAUGCAUUGGUAAAAUUAUCAGUGGAAGCGAUUCAAUGCUACUGAAGAAGAGAGCUGUCCGUUUGGCUCUUGUGGUCGCCACGACAAAAGACAAUGUGAACCAGAACCCGAUGCUGGACUACUUCAUGCGGGUGAGCAUCUUCGAGAGUCUAUGUGAGCUGUUCUCUUGUGGAACAGCAGACAGGACAGAUGUGGGCACAGACGCGGUCAUUCUUUUGCUCAUUCUCAUCAACUACCGCAAAUACGAUACUGCAAAUCCGUAUGCUGUCAAACUGUCUAUCCUCGACAACGAACUAGCCCUAAAUGGUUUGGGUCAAAUCAUCAACAAGGUGUUACAGGAUUUCAACGCAAAUUAUUCCACUAAACAACAGCAGCAGGACUCCAAUAGAGGAGGCUUCUUUUUCUCAGUCACCAAUGCGGUCACAAACCUGCUGGUUGGAGAGGAGAAAACUCUGGAUGAGUACAGAGUGAACGAUGCUCUGCUGUUUGCAUUAUACGAAGGUGUUCAACUGAACCGAAAUCUCAUCUCAGUACUAACGAGGAAUCAUUCAGACGAGCCUGUGAAUAUUCCUGAUCAACAAGGUGGCGAAGCAGAUCAACAAAAUCAUCUCAGUGCCCAGGGUGAUAGUGGGGGAGUAGGCGUGGACGGGAGUGCAGAACCGAGUAACAUCCUAGUCUCCUUCUUCGAGUACAUGUCAUACAUAAUGAACGACACUAAAGACCCUGCCAAGUUUGCAAACUCCAAAUUGUGUCUAAUUAUUGUUACAUGUAUUGUGGAAGACCAGUACGCCAACACAUUUUUACACGACAGCUCAAUCACAUUCAGGGUCAACCUCUAUCAGCCACCGAUGAGACAUAAGAAACCGGGAGCUGAAAGACCUCGCAAAUCAGUUCCACUUGUUGUCUCAUUACUUGAUCUUCUGUGUAAUUUCAUCUCAACGCAAUUGAAAAAGAGUUUGCCAUACGAACUACACGCGUUCAGUCUUGCAGUAGUGUACCGAAUUAUUUGCCAUCAGAAGAAGAACAAAAUCAGGUUACUCGGAUACCAAUGGCAGCUGUUAUGGCAAGCGCUUAUCGUCUUUCUGAAGUUUCUUGUUGCGAACAGCUCGGAGCUUUUGGAUUCUUUUGACAUAUUCCACCUGGCUUUUCGGGCAGUUGGCGUGUUGAAUCUGUUUAUCACUUUUGGAGACGCCUUUCUGCCAAGUCCCUCCUCAUAUGAUGAACUGUACUACGAGAUACUACGCAUGUAUAACACAUUUGACGAUAUGUAUGCUGUCGCCCUGCAGCACGUUCGAUCGAAUGGUAACUUGCACGAAUCAGCAGCCCGCCUUAUGCAUUCUCUAACUAACAUAAGAUCUAUAAUCGCGCACUUUAACCCCCGUAUCAAGGAUUUCCAGGAGUUAAACAAUCUUUCCUCUCUCAGCAUUGACCAGGUACUGGGCAUCGUGCGUGACAAUUAUGACUCUCUGGCCCUCCGGAUGCAGGACAGUCUGGACCACUACGACAGGUACACGGAGAAGCCACACCAGGUCCCCUUCUUCUCCAGUCUCAUGAGGACAAUAAUUCACGACUGCCGAGUGGGACUCCCGAUCACAACAAUGGAACAGCAAGAAUUAUUGGACUCAUUCAGUACUCUAGACCACAGCUGAUACUGAAGCAACGCUAUUCAUUAACCGCAUAAUGACAACGAAUGAACCUAAACUAACAAACAAAUUUUUAUCAUUCAGUGCAAAAUGUAUUUGGGUAACAGGCAUAUGCUGAAUUUGAAUCCAAAAAUAACUAUGUAAGUUUUUCAUAAUCUAGUUUAUACUCGUGGUCAGGAAAAAUUAACUAUUUAGCUA